AUGUCUGCUCCCAAGACUUCCCGCGCAUGGGUUCUGGCCAACCCGCCCACCGACAUGCCUGACGAGAACACCUUCAAGCUUGUCGAGCAGAACCUUGAUGAGCUCAAGGACGGUGAGGUCUUGGUCAAGACCACUUACCUCUCCAACGACCCCGCCCAGCGUGGCUGGAUCGAGAAGGAUGUCAUCGCUGACCGCAUGUACUUCCCUCCCGUCGAGGUCAACGCCCCCAUGUCUUCCUUUGGUCUCGCCACUGUCAUCGAGUCCAAGGCUGCCGACUUUCCCAAGGGCACCAUCGUCAACUGCCUGACCAACUGGCGCGAGUACGCCGUCAUCGACACCACCCUCGGUGCCCCCUACGUUACCAAGGUCGAGGGCCUCUCCGGCAUCUCAGAGACCCACACUCUCGGUGCCCUUGGUCUCACUGGUGUCACCGCCUACCACGGUCUCGAGAACGUCAACACCACCAAGGACGACGUCGUCGUUGUCUCCGGUGCCGCCGGCGCCACUGGCAGCAUGGUCGUCCAAAUCGCCAAGAAGCUCAUUGGUUGCAAGCGUGUCAUCGGUAUCGCCGGCACAGCAGACAAGUGCAAGUGGGUCGAAAGCCUAGGCGCCGACGUCUGCAUCAACUACAAGGACGCAGAUUUCAAGCAGCAACUCAUCAAGCACACCGAAGGCUACGUCGACGUCUACUUUGACAAUGUCGGCGGCGAGAUUCUCGAUUUGAUGUUCACCCGCGUCAAGCGCUUCGGUCGUAUUUCCGUCUGUGGUGCUAUUUCAGAGUACAACAGCAGCUCGCCCCCUGGCUUCAAGAACUGGUUCGAGGUCAUCUCCAACCGCAUGACCAUCAAGGGUUUGAUUGUCCUCGAUGCUGGUGCCCGUUGGCCUGAGAUGGUCAAGGAGCUUACCGAGGCUACUGUGUCGGGCAAGAUCCAGGUUGGUGAUGCCAACGAGACCAUCGUACCUACCGCUUUCGAGGACAUCCCCAAGACUUGGCUCAAGUUGUUCGAGGGUGCCAACACUGGCAAGCUCCUCACUCAAAUCGUCUAG